AGAUAUCAAUUCAAACUAUUUUGCAUUAGCAAGUUGUUUAUUGGAUUGAUCAUUGUUACGUUUUUUCGCGAAUUCUGCAAUAAAAUUAAAUACACGAAGCACAAACCGGUGAAAAGUGAUUAAUCAUGUGAUAGUUGUUUAACAUAUAUAGAAAGUAUUACAAACAUUUUUACAAAAGCCAAAGCAAACUGUUGUCCAGUGUGUUGCUGGCAAGUGAUUCACAAUAUCGAUCCGUUUCGGUUUUCUUCAUCAUGACGUGAUUUUCACCCGACGAGGAAAAAAGUGAUAUUCAGAGGGACAUUUGCAUUUUUUCACCUUCGACGCCUCAUUCCGCAUUCUGCUAGCAGUACUAACUAUGCCAAGUACGUUACUCUUUGCCAAUAGUAAUGAGGGCCGAGUGUAUGCCCUCUCGACGGGUGGAUCCGCCUGGCGUGAGUUCCUUUAUCUGGGACUGGAGUUCAAGCGAAUAUCCGUGGUUCCGCACUUUAUGUGGGCCAUUGGAGGUGAUCGUCAGGUUUACGUCCAUGUGCAUGGUCUUGACAUUCCAAUCCGUAUCAAAGAGGAAGCUUAUGAAAAUGAACGAUGGCUACCGAUCGAAGGAUUCUCGAGUAGAUUACUACCAACGGAUCGGUAUCAUUUUUCUAACGCGGAUGGUACUGUCGACAGGAAUAUUGACAAGAUUCGGCUUCCCUCUAUGGCUUGGCAAUGGGAUGGCGAAUGGCAGCUUGAUCUUACACUAGAAGGUCAACCGCUGGAUCAUGAUGGAUGGACCUACGCUGUGGAUUUCCCGGCUACCUAUCACCCACAGAAGAACUGGAAGUCUUGUGUGCGUCGUCGGAAAUGGGUACGUUUUCGGAGGUAUUGCGCGUUGAAUUCCUGGUGUGCUGUAGCUCCAUUGCAUAAAGACCCGACGCAGGAACCAUUUAUUGACGUGGCGAUUAAUGGGAGCAAUGUAAGUGGUGCUGCCCCGGGAUUGCUACUCGUUUGGGCUGUGACAGCUCACGGACGGGUAAUGUUCCGUUCAGGUGUAGGAACGACAUCUCCGGAAGGUCUUCGCUGGACUUCGGUCACCACUCCGUCGGGGUGCGAGGUAUCGCAAAUAGCCGUUGGGCCAACUGGGUUGGUUUGGGCGUCACUCUACAAUGGGAGGGCAAUCGUACGUGCUGGCGUUACCCGGGAUGCUUUCAUGGGGACUACUUGGUUGGAAGUGAAACCACCUGGUACUAAUCUGAAAAUCACUCAGGUUUCCGUAGGAACUAAUUCGGUUUGGUGUGUCACAAAUGACAAUCACGUUUGGUUCCGGCGGGGAGUUCACGGCGAAGCAUCCGGGAUCAGUGAGGAUGCAGCGAUUGGAAGUGGCUGGGUUGAGAUGGUUGGAAAUAUAGCGUACAUUUCUGUGGCACCGAACGAUCAAGUAUUUGCUGUAGGAUCAGAGGAUCGUGCACUUUAUUUCCGAUCUGGAGUAUGCAGUUCGGAUCUGACUGGCAAAAAGUGGCGACUUAUUCAGUUACCUUUGCAAAUGAGUCGAACGUCAAGUAAUUUCUCGCUGUCUAGCAAACGGAGUGGAAGUGAUUCACCUUCUACGAAGCAUCGUAGCUUGAACAGUUUGUAUAGGGAGAAAUUGCAACAAGAGAACACUUCGCUGGUAGAGAACAAUGAUGAAACUUCACGUUCUGCGCCGACUGUGAAUCCAAAGAUUAGGCCGGAGCUAUGGCAUAAGCCGGAUAUCUCUCCGGAGGCGAUAAGCGGUAAGAGAGAACCGCAACACGUUGGCAGCCUGGUUGAGAAAAAAGUGACAAGAAAUCUUUCCAGCGAAACCGUUGUCGCUUCCAGUGCACCGUUGAACGAAGUGUACGAGAUUUCCGGUAAGCAAUUGAAGAAUUCGCGUGCUUGGAGUCCUGUGAGAAGUGUUGGCUCGGUGGUUGGUACCGAGGCACACCCGGAGUCGGAUUCGAGUGUGUUUGAGGGUGAAAGUUCGCGAGACUCGGGGGUCUUCGGUGAGUACGAAGAUCACGGCGGGUCGCAGAAUUGGGCCGAAUGUGAGGUGCUGUGGAUUGGAUGUGCUGCAGGAGCUGUCACCGUCGAUCCAAACCAGCUUCCGAGUUGGUUUAACGAUAGUUUCGCAAAUGCUUCCCAGGAAGAGCUUACACAACCCUGGCGUGUGAGGAUUUUGGACGAUCUGAAGCAACGACCUCCAGGACCGUUGGAAUGUAGCGAGUUUGCGACUUACGAGAAAGCCAUCGAAAUGUCUUCCUGGGUAAAGUCCGGUGAAGCUCGAGCUGCCAAAUCCGGGCAUGCUUUCGAGGAUUGCCUGAUCGAGCUGGAAUGGGUCAACAAUCAGGGCACUGGACCCGAUUCCGGGACGCUUACGAUCUUAAACCCGGAUGGAAUAACUACAAAGAUGCAAUUCUCCCUCUCGGAAAUCACCAGUAUUAUGUGCUGCAGUGAACCUGGUUCACCGAGACUGGCUAUCCAUGCGCCUCGACUACCCCCGGGAUCAUCUCCGAUAAAGGUUCAGUUCAGUGGGGACACCGAUCUAGAGGAUUGGAUCUCCCAUCUGACGUCCGUUUGUUGCCAAAUCAAUGAAGUACACGGUAAACCUUCGCCGCGAUCGGUGUGGAUCACUUCCAACAUGGGUGACGUGUUUGUAUUCGAUCCAACCAAUUUGGAGGCUGCGCAGUGGCAAUCCGAGUACAAAAUCUUCCAGCAGAAGAUUGACGUUUCAGCAGCUGAAACGCCAUACCUCACAUCCUUAUACAAUGGAAUGGUUGUCGGAUCUCGGUUGGACAUAUCUGGCUUUGUUUACGAUGACGCCGAUCAGAUUCGGUUCGAUCUGCAAAGCCAUCCAACGGUUCGUUUGCGGCACAAGAUGGAAUCGCAACGCAACAUUCCAAUGCACAUAAAUCCCCGCUUCAACGAAAGAAUUACCGUGUUCAACUCGAUGGCGGGGUCACACUGGAACGAAGAUGAAAAGCGGGACAGCAAGAUGCUGUUUUCGCCAGGGGCAGAGUUUAGGUUGGAAAUAAGGAGUGAAUGCGAUGGUUUUCGAAUUACGGUUAAUGGAGAGGAUUAUCCUAGGUUUAAAUAUCGAUCCGGGUUGACCCCGGAUGCGAUCUACAGUCUGUACAGCAGCGGUCGUGUCAAAAUAUUCAGCAUUGUUUACGAGAGUCCCAAGCUGAUUCUUCCGCUGCGAGAUGUCUUCUGGCGCCAGAUCGGUGGCCACCUACGUCGGGUACAGUCUAGCAAGGCUGGCGUUGUUUGGGGAAUUGGCUACGAUAAUACGGCAUGGGUUUACACUGGUGGUUGGGGCGGAGCAUUUCUCAAGGGAUUGGAGACUAACAAUCAGGGAAUCAAUUCAAUGACCGAUACACACAAUUUCUAUAUUUACGAAAAUCAAAGGUGGAAUCCUUUGUCCGGAUUUUCUACGACUGGCCUACCGACGGAUCGGCACAUGUGGAGUGAUAUUACCGGCAAGCACAAACGCAGCAAGGAACAUACAAAGUUGUUAUCCAUGCACUGGCAGUGGGUAAGCGAUUGGUUAGUAGACUUCCAUAAUCCGGGUGGGGUUGAUCGUGACGGGUGGCAAUACGCAGUCGAUUUCCCGGCAAGUUACCACGCAAAGAAACAGUUUACGGAUUACGUCCGUCGGAGACGAUGGUAUCGGAAGUGUAGACUAACGACAACCGGACCCUGGCAGGAGGUUGGAAAUGCAAAAAUAAUUGACGUUUCGCUACAACCGGAUAGCGACGAAGUGGAUUGCAGUAUUACAGUAUGGGCCGUGGCUGCCAACGGUGAUGUACUCUAUCGACGGGGUGUUAGUCUUUCGCAACCAGCGGGUACUGGUUGGGAGCAUGUGACCUGUGAUCAACCGCUAGUUAGUGUUAGUUGCUACAAGAACAAAGUUUGGGCAAUCGGGAAGAAUGGUUCCUCCUACUGGCGCUGUGGAAUCUCCAGUGAUAAUCCGCUGGGUAGCAAGUGGCAACCGAUCGAACCUCCCGGUGGAGUCACUUUCAAGCAAAUCUCAGUCGGUAAGGCAGGCAUCUGGACCGUGGACACAGCGGGUCGGUUAUCGGUGCGGAAAGAAAUUACCACUACCUUUCCCGAGGGUAGCCACUGGCAGCUGUUGUCGAAUAUCCAAAAUGAUCCUCCCCACUACGAGGGUAACGUUGGCUUCAAGAACGUAUCCGUCGGGGAUCACGUCUUUGCGGUAUCUCAGUCGGGAUAUGUUUGCAAAAGAAGUGGAAUCUGUGUGGAGAAUCCCGCCGGAAGUGGUUGGACGCUUGGAAUUCAGGGCAACUGGCACUAUGUGGAUGUGAAUGGGUUCUACAAUUAGAGUUUAUAACCAAAGAAAGUCUCAGUUAAAUUUACCAAAAAAGGCCAUUCGAUCUACCCAACCGUACUUUAGGUGUUAUACUUCUAUUGGAUAAGCUAUUGUAUGUUGCUGUCAUUAACAUUGAUGCUGCAAUCGAAUAAAUUUACCCAUCAUAUGCUUCAAAA